CCCCUCAAAUCAGAAAUCUAGGCCCAUGGCAUGGUUUGUUUACAAACUGCACAAUCACCGUGACCGAAAGUAUUCGAUUAAUUGGAGUAUUCAUACUGUCACCUGCGAACCAUUCGAACUUCGAAUAUAUGCACGAGUUUAAUUUUAAAUACGACAUGUUACUUGUAAUUAGGCCUACCAUUUGAGAUUUUUUAAACCUCACAAAGAACAUAUUAGUUCAAAUGCAGCAAUCACAGAGUUAUCUCCUUUUGUAAAUCUAUGACAGCAAUUAAUCAAAAGGGCUACAUUAUCUAAGAGUUCUUGAUACAGCCAGCUAUAAUGAUAAUCUAGGCCUAAACAUAACAUGAGACCUGUAAUCAAGGUGUUCAUUAUUCACCACCGUGACUGAUCAGUCAGUCAUAUCCCCUGGAAAAGUAGCACAUUAAGAAAUAGACAGGAUCUUCAAAACCGCUUUUUUUUCUUGAGACCAACCACUGCAGUCCAUACGCCCCCCAUCCCACCCAGUUUCCCCCUUUGCGAUUAAAAUACAUGUAUUCAUAAGAUUACGUAUAACCCCAAAUAAUCAAAAAUUCAAAGGUACCGUUUAUACGUCUUUUGCACCACUUUAACUCACCUCUGGUAGACUAUAUUAUAUCUUCAUGGAAUUAUUCAACAGCUGUUGAUGACCUUUUAGUUGGUUUUAAGAAUACCAUGAACUUAUUUGAAGGAGUUUUAAGCCUUGAAGAAACGUUAGGAUACCCGUAAAAAAGCGAGAAAAAAUAAUGUGUUCGGCGAACCAAAACAUCGGUUUAUUCUACUAAGAUUACAAUUUACGAUUAAUCGAGCAAUCCGUUGUUCACUGUUCAGUUCAACGGUCAUCGGUGUCCUGAAAUUCAGUAGACUCUAGCCAAGGCCAAUGUAAGAUUAAGAAUCUACACAACAGUAGACUUUUAUCCCACUGACCUUCCUGUGUUGGGCUGUUGGAUCGAGGAAGCAGCUUCGUGUGCGUGAGGCUGUUUCUAUUCUCUUCACUUUUAGCUCGUGAGACAAAUUGUCAGUCAGUAUGAGUAUGUUCGGAGCAGUUGGUUUCAGUUUGACAACAAAAUCAAGGCAUUUACUCCUUAGAAGUUUGCAGAGGAAAGGAUGUGCUGCAAGAUGCAUUUCCACAACACCCUUUCCAGAGUUUGAUGACCUUGUUGACAUAAAGACGCAUGAAGAUUUGCACAAAUUCAGUCUUGAACAACCAGACACGUUUUGGUCGAGGUUAGCCAGAUCAAGGCUAACAUGGAAUAAAGACUUUUCGACAGUCAGCAAGUGCGACUUCAAGACAGGCCAACUUGAGUGGUUCGUAGAGGGAACACUCAAUGCUUCAGUCAAUUGUGUCGAUAGGCAUCUCAAAGAAAGAGGGGAUCAAGUUGCUCUAAUUUGGGAGCGUGAUGAACCUGGCACUCAUGUAUAUCUUACCUACAAAGAACUGUCAGAAAUGGUUGGCAGAAUUGGCAAUCUGCUCCGCAACAGUGGGGUUAAGGCUGGUGAUCGGGUGGCAAUCUAUCUUCCCAAGACACCUAUGGCAAUUGCUACCAUGCUGGCUUGUGCCAGGAUUGGUGCUAUACACAGUGUUGUAUUUGCUGGCUUCAGUGCUGAUGCCUUGGCAGGGAGGAUACAGGAUGCCGAGGCACAAACUGUGGUGACAGCUAAUCAGACAGUUCGAGGAGGUAGAAUCAUUGAACUGAAGCAAACAGUGGAUGCUGCAGUCAGCAAAUGCCCAGGGGUUAAGCAAGUACUGGUCUACAAUCGGACUGAAACAAAAGUGCCCAUGGGAAAACUGGACAUUGAUAUGGUAGAGGCCAUGGCUCAUGAAUCGCCAGACUGUCCCGUGGAAGAGCGGAACAGCGAAGAUACACUUUUCAUGCUGUACACUUCUGGCAGCACUGGAAAGCCAAAGGGGAUCACACAUUCCACAGCUGGGUAUUUGCUCUAUACCAAUGUCACAUUUAAGCAUGCAUUUGACUACAACCCCGGUGAAAUAUUUGGUUGUGUGGCUGACAUUGGAUGGAUCACUGGUCAUAGCUAUGCGUUGUAUGGACCACUGUCCAAUGGGGGAACAACAUUGCUCUUUGAGAGCACUCCUUUGUAUCCAGAUCCAGGUCGCUAUUGGGAGAUGGUCGAGAGGCUCAAGCUGGAUCACAUAUACCUGGCUCCAACUUCAUUGCGUAUGUUGUUGAAAGCUGGAGAUGAGUAUGUGAAAAAAUACGAUAGGUCAAGUUUGCGCAAAUUGGGAUGUGUUGGUGAGCCCCUAAAUAGUGAAGCCUGGGAGUGGUACUACAAUGUUGUUGGGGAGAAAAGAUGUGACAUCAUAGACACAUGGUGGCAGACAGAGACGGGUGGCAUUUGUAUUAGUCCACGACCAUCAGAGCCUGGUGCAGAGAUCCGACCAGGGAUGCCCAUGCGCCCGAUGCUGGGGAUUGACUUGGCCUUGGUUGAUACACAAGGUGCAGAAGUGACCGGGGAGGACUGUGAGGGAGCUCUGUGCAUUCGCCGCCCGUGGCCGGGCAUUGCCAGGACCAUCCAUGGUGAUCAUCAGCGAUAUUUUGAGACAUACUUCAAGCCUAUGCCAGGCAUGUACUACACUGGAGAUGGUGCACACAGACACAAGGGGGGCUACUACCAGAUCACAGGUCGCAUGGAUGAUGUUCUUAACGUCAGCGGCCAUCGUCUUGGGACAGCUGAGAUUGAGGAUGUUAUGGAUGACCACAUUGAUGUAGCUGAAUCAGCUGUUGUGGGGUUUCCUCAUGAGAUCAAAGGAGAAGGUAUCUAUGCAUACGUUGUCCUGAAGGAUACACGCACUUUGGGUAAGAAAGAAAUUGAGACUCAACUGCGUGCUGGUAUUAAAAAGAGAAUUGGGAACUUAGCCCAACCGGAUAUGAUUCUGUUUACUCCAGGCCUUCCCAGAACCCGCUCUGGUAAAAUUAUGCGGCGCAUCCUUCGUAAAGUGGCGUCUGACAAACCAGAUGAACUGGGAGACAUCAGUACCUUGAGUGAGCCAGAAGUUGUUGAUUACAUUGUCAAGAAACAUGAACAACUGCGUGGAGACAAAUGAAGAUUUGUCCUCUGUAGAUGUGUUGAGAAAUCUGGGCGCUGUUGUACGUAUGUUUUAUAGAAUGAAUUAAUGUCAGUUAUUAUUUAUGACGAAUUUUGGGGUAAUUUUGUUUUCUUGUAACAUGUUUCGAUUGUUGAAAUGUGAAAUUGUGAUUUGAAGAUGCACUUACAUUACUGAAGAAAAUGCUUAUUUACCAAAACAAUAAUUUCUUUACUCUUUGAUUUAUUGUUGACAUGUAAGAUUUCUUGUGCUUUUUCCAUUGUUACAUGAUAUACUUGUUGUCAAUUGUCAAUGCAAAUUAUUGAGGCAGACAGAUUAGAGCAUUUACAUCUAAGGAUUGUUUAUCAUAAAAAUAAAACGUAUAAUUUAGCACAAAUUGUUGGAAUAGUAAAUAUUUAUUGAAAAAAAACAGUAACAGGUUCUGAGGAGUGAGAGGAAGCCAUUGCUGUUCUUUCAGCAUGAAUAUUUCUGAAUCUGAAAGGGGCAUUUUAUGUUUACUCGUGUGCUUAUGAAUUUUACCUUUCUGAUAGCGCUUUCGCAGUUGUGAUUUCAAACAAACUGAGGCAAACAUCCCUUAGGUUUAUGCAUUUCACAUUUAUAGAGUGAAAAGAUAAAGAGGUCAAGUGAGAUCUUAAUAUUAUGUUCAUAAGUAAAAAUGAUCAUGUUGAGGUUAAAAUUUUAUUUUUUGGUUACGGUAUGCUGUAAACUUUUGAGAAGUGCAUAACUUUAAUGGUUUGAUCGUACAAGUGGUUUUCAUUGAGGAAAUACAAAUGCAUUUAUUGGGUUGAUCCUCACCCUCAUCUGUCCCUUGACAUCUGAGCUCUAAGGUCAGUAUGGCACUGCUUGUGCUGAUCACUUCAUCCUGCCUCUCAGCCCCCUUUUUUUUUCUCGCCAUUAUCUUCAGUUUCAUGAAAAGUUUUCAGUCUAUUCUUUAUUGUUCAUUGUCAAAUCAAAGGUUGUUUUUUUUUUUUGGGGGGGGGGGGUGCGGGGUUAUUUGGUCUUUGGUUUACCUGUCGCUGAUUAACCAUUUCACAGCCAGAGCUGCAUUAUAAUCUUACCAAAGACUCUAAGACCGUCUCUGGCGGCAGCUCAGGCACAUUCCUUUACGCCGACUUUGACGUCCAAUUUGUUUUCAUCAAUUGCCGAAAACAGGUUUCUUUUGUCAGGAGCUCAUUCAUUAGAUGAAGAACUAUACUAUCAAAAUAGGUUCACUUGUUUUGAUUUUAUGCCCAAUCUAGUGAUGUUUAAGCACUUUUAGAUUUUGUACCAAAAAGAGGGCCCUGACAUAGUGGGUUUACUCCCCUCGGCGAUAAAGAGUUAAGGAAUGUAUCAUCAAUAGCCCAGAUACUUUUAUCCCGACCAUUUGUAUUGUAAAAUGUCCGUGGUUCCUCACCUGUUUGCUUCAUGUUUCCCUCUGAUUUUCUUCUCUGAGAACGUGAGAGGUUCGGUCUAUGAACUGAUCCAUGUGUGGUGAUAUUGAUAUCCACAGGGUUGUUAAUGUUAGUUGCUGAUUAUGGAUCAUUUGUGUAUUGCUGUGACACUUCAACUUUUCUUUCUUUGACUUUAUUCUUAGUACAGCCUGUCUGGUCUUGAUUUUUUCAUGUAAAAUCUUAAUUUACAAUGAAUUUGUGCCAUUUUGUUGAUUUUAUUCUUCAAUUAGAUAAACCCUUAAUUUUAAAAAGUAUGACAGACAUGCAACGAUUCAAAAUGGGGAUUAAGUUGUGAGGCUUAAUUUCAGGAAAUCUGUUAAGCCUGGCGUUUAGGGUAAACAUUUUGGUGAAUAUCAGAUUACGUCUUGAAAUCUGAAAAAGUACAAACUUUGCCACAGAAUAUUUGUACUUGAGUGUCGGUGUUAUGUGUGUAGUGAAAGAAAUUAAAGUAGACAUUUGUAUGGAGAUAGGUCAGCAUCAGUUUUUUUCUAAACAAAUUCUUUCACUUGCAGCAUCUCCCCAUAGAUUUGUACCCCUAGACUGUGCACACUCAUGGCCACCGCUGUACACUCUCUUUAAAAACCUCACUAUGAAGUGUGCACACCGUAGCUGCUCUUUUACAGGUAAAUAAAGGUCAAAAGUGCUUCUUUUCUCUGGAUGUAAUCCUCCUUUUACAACUUUUGCUUACACACAUGUAUUACCAGUUUUGUUACAGUUGACUCUGCAUGGCAUCUUGCCCCUUAUUUGGCUUUAUUGGUGUGCUCCAUAGUGAGCUGGAAAUACGUUUGAGUGCAUGGUCUAGGAUUUUUAUAAUACAAGUUUGGGCACUUACCUUAUUGUCAGUGACGUUUUCAACAGUUAUUCAGUUAGGAAGAUAGCUUUACGUGAAUGAUAAGAAUUGUAUUAACCCACAGUUUCCGACUUCAGUGUCAUUUUAAUGGAUUGUAAAGAAAAUAUAUCUGAACCCUUCCAAGAUGACACCCCCCCCCCAUUGUUGAAGAGAAAGUGGCCAUCUUAGACUGGUGGUCCUCUGAGACAGUGUCAUACAAAAACAACAAAAAACAAGGGAGAAGUAGGAAGUGGUCGUUCCUACCAUACCAGUCAAGUGGUUAUUCUGGACAGAUAGUUGCUAGAGCAGGUUUGGUUGUACGUCGAUUUUGUAGUAUUGUUUUAAUUUUAUAAGAGAGGAACUAACCAAAGAGAGGAUUGUUGCUAUCUCUAGUGUCAUACGUUUUGAUGCAUUUUUUUGCUUUGUUUAUAUACUGUUAACAAUUUUUUCCAAUGUGAUUUUUGACUUUGUUGGUAUGGUGGUGUUUAUUUAAUUCGUACUUAUUCUUGAGAUGAGGGUUUUUCCUGUUUUUCUCAAAUAUUCCUCCAGAAAGUUUUUUCUUUUAUUUUCAAUUUCUUGAUUGUUUUGGAAAGUGGAACUUGCAUCAUGUACAUGAAAAUAUACAGUACAAAGUUCUGCUUUCCCAGCUUAUGGUGCUUCUAUGUCUUUUUUACUUUGUAAAGUUCAUCAAAAGAUGAUACAAGUCUGAAUACUGAAGCUCAAAUUUUUCCCUCAGUUAAACUAGGUGAAUAACAUCGGUCAGUCUAGUGCUGAUAUCUUUAUGACAUUGUGGAUGGAUAACAACAAAACAUGACAUGUGACUUAAUCUCUUUUGUGAUGAAUGGAUCAUGUAUAUUCAGAAGAAUUGAAGACUUACAAACUGACCUCAUAAUAACUCUGAAAAGUUCUAUGGAAUAUAGAAGAGUUGAUCUUCAGUGGUAUUUUAAAAUUUGCUUGUCAAAGAGUUUUUCUUUUGACACUUACCAGGUAUAAUAUCUCACUCAUGUACACAGUGCAGCUACACACAGUGCUGCUUUCUUGUUGACUUUUCUCCACAUAAAUCAAUCUCAAAGGUUCUCUGUGUGCCUUGUUCAACAUACAGUCUAGUACUAGUAUGUAUAUGUAGCAAAAGUGGUGGGACGUUGAAAUCUUUGCGUUAUGUACAAAUUUCAUAUAUAUACAUACAAAUUUCACAUUAAUUUUGACCCCUAUCCCCCGCAGUCAUGCGAUUUGGAUUCAUAGUUGCUCAAGUUAAGAUCUAGAAAUUGAUUUUUUAUCCAUCUCUGCUAGGAUUUGCCAUUUUUCCUCGUUUCUUUUACUCUGCCAUGGUCUACCCUCUACUACAACUUCACUAUGACCCAACUUUGCAGAAUGCUCACAAGCUGUUGUGUCGUGUGUAAUCUGCAUUGAAGAAUUCUGACACGUGGUAACACAAUCAGAAAAAUGUCUUCAUGCGACCACAAACUCCCCAUACGCACAGCUGAGGUGUGCAGGCUAAGUUAGGUCUGGUUACAUUGUUUCUGCGAUAUGUUCAAAUGCAAUAUAUCAGGUCCUUAGCCUACACGAGUCUAUUGCCGAUGGCUCAUGGAGAUUGUGGCCUACACUCGUACUGUACCAUCCAUCUAUCUUUCUCUCUCUCCACCAAGGUUACUUCGAUAAACAAUAUUUGUGGUGGUGUUAAUAAGAUGUAGGCUACCCUUUCUGACGCCAAUUUUUCUACUAUGUACGAAUUGCUUACGCUAAGUGCAGGUUUUGAAUACAAAGAAAUAUAUAUAUAUAUAGAUCUAGAUAAAUUUUUAAAAAAUUUGGGGCAUGAAAAAUAUGUUCACUAUGUGUGUCCUAGACUGCAUAGCUAUAAAUAUAUAUAUAUAAUAGAUCUAUAUUCUUUUAUGAAUUGUUGUUUACAUUUCUCAUGUUGAUUAGUUCAUUGAUACAGUCUAGUCUGCUGACUAUUGCCUUUGGGAGGGUAGUUGAAGAGCACCACUGGUAGGUCCUUUUUUUCUUUCCUUCUAGUUCUGUUGUUGCUGUCUGUCUUUCUUACUUUCCCAUUUUUGGCCCAUAUUGUUUUGAUGUUCAUGAAAAUUAUGACAGAUAGUUUCAAACAGACAUGUCUUGUACAGUUAUCAUGUAGGCUACGGUAUCGCUAAGGUUUUAUUUGACAUAGGCCUACAGUAGGUUGUUUUUUUGUGUGCUCACAAUGCCUGUUGCCAAUAUUAUUUUUAAAAAUAUUUCUGUUUUGUGUUGCUCAAUGGAUAAGUCAUUGCCAGAAAACAGAUCAUCGAUUUUGAUGAUGUGUAAGUUUUGUUCCCUUUUGUUUGUUUCAGUUUCAGAUUGGAGGACAGUUAUCUGUUAUUAUGUUUCUAUCUCGUUCCUCCGCCCUCUUCCCCGUCCCCCCACCACCCCAGCGAGCUUCUUUAUCAUACUCUCAAAUUGUAAUUUAAUACUUUCAUAACAUGCAGUAUUUUCAACUUUAACUGUGCCCAGUUGUUGCUUGCCAGGACAGAGCUGUGUUAGAACUUAGAUCUAUAUAUAGUUAUUUUGCAGUACCCGGUACGCUUAAAAAAUUGAAGAUUUACGUAAUUUCAGUACUAUUCCAACGGAAGCCGUUGUAUUGUGGUUAUAAAAUCUCUUAUGAUAAAUGUCUAAUGGUCUAUACAAUUGCCAAAAUCGUCUGAUUAUAAGAUGAACAUUGUAGGCCUACUGGAGGAUGGCAUGGUGGCUUACACUACACACUAUAUUCUAUGUAUGGUGUACGGAAUCUGUUAUUAAAAGGGUCAAACACUGCUCACAGCAAAAGUUAUCCUGUAGGAGAAGUGCAGUACUGUUUGUUUUUGUCAUUAACACUUUGACAAUUAAAAAAAUAUCCUUUAAGCAGGUUAGUAGAAUGGCUGAGUGCGGCUAUGACAAGUAGGCUAUCUUUUAAGUCUUAGCUUAGAAGAAAGUUUCACUUACAGAACACUGGAAGCGCUCUGCUCAGUAUUUACUGACACUGCUCAAAUUGCUGUUAGUCAGUGGUUGGCGGAUGCUCUCGGUGUGAUUUGUUCCUUAUUUCCUUUCAAAUUAUAUCCUUAUUGUCCUUAUCUCUUCUUCUUUUUUGUGUUACUUGCAUGUAUUUAACAUGAAAGACUUAUAAUCUUCGGCACUUAUACUAUCUUACCUUAUUGUGUGGUAAGUGCCAUAAGACUAAAAUGGUUAGGCCGCCUCUACUAAAACAAACCAAAAAUUGCUGUAAUCAGAAUUAUGUGAUAUUUCUCCCUUUCUUUUUCAAACAAUUUAUUUUACUCCUGAGUGUGCUUAUAGAAUUAGAAGCAGAAACUUGCGCAGUUUGUUACAUUUAUUAUAGAUAAAAGUUUCCUCUGAAUUCAAGGAAUAGUCCAUUUGUACUAGAUCUACACAGUAGGUGAAAGAAGUUUUGGAGAUUUACUUCACUAUGUGCAGGGCAAGUGUCUGACACCAAUUUGGUUGCUGUGAAAUCAGAUGUUGUGAUUAUAUUUUGUAGGGUAUAAUUUACAUACAUCAUGUAUACAUUAUGAUUAUAUCCAUCUUGACAGUAUUACUUCCUUAUAUUUUGUUUGGAUACAGUGUAAUUAACUUUGCAAUUUGAAAUUUAUGUGUAAUAAUUUGCAGGUAUUUUUAUAUCUUUGAUAAAGACAACUCGGAUGGAAGUCUUGUUGGGCUUUAGUGAAGGAGAAACUAACACUUCUAUAAAACAAAGGUGCUGUGUACUGUAUAUUAUAACAAAAAGUCAAAGAUUAUUUUGUGCGUGAUAAAAAUUCGAAGGGGAACUUUGAAUGAGAAUGAUAAGCGGUGUUCUAUGACAGAAAGCUCAAAAGAACUCUUUUGUACAUGUUUUGACUUCAGUGAAGUCCUCUUAAUCCCGCAUCUGUGGAGCCGCCAGAUUUACUAAGUUUAGCAGAGUUUUCAGUUUAUAGAGGUUGUUGAAAAAUAAGAAAAAAUACUUAAGGGAUUUUAUCUUCUUUUGGUAUAGGUCUACUACUGUUUUCAGAUUAACCAUGUUCGAUUUAAGUUAAGCUGACUCCACUGUGUAUAUAUAUAUAUUAUAUAUAUUAUUAUCCUUCUACUAGACUCUUGUUGGGACUUAUUUUACUCUCUUUUCUUAUUCUACCUCCAGUAAUUUGGUUGAGUGAUGAUAUAUCAUGUAUCUCAGAGUCAGUGAUGUGUGUUAACAUAUUAUAUUCAAGUGUUAAGAAGCACAAACUGCAUCAUAAUCAUUACUCAUUUACUAAUGGCGUGUAUUUGGAAUUUUUUCUUGCUUAGUCUUUUGUAUUGGUUGGGCUUCAGUUGUGACAGUUGUCUGUACUCUUAAACAGUGUGCUAUGUAUAAAUCACUGCAAAUUUAUUAAAAAUUAUUAUUAUAUUAUACUGGUUUAUAUAUUAUAUAAAUAUCAUGUAACACUUACUUAUUGAUUAUAAAGAUUAUAUAAUCAAAUAAUCUUGAAUUUGUUUCAUGUUGCUUGAUUUGUCGACCUCAUGAUCAUUUUGUGUGUUUUUGUUGGUGCUCUAUGAAAAUAAAAUUUUAGUGGUUUAAUUUUUUAA